AUGAGACUCUCAAACCACUGGUUUUGGAUCCUGUUGGCCGUUUCUGGAGCGAGAGCAGAUAGCUACGCUGAUUUUGCCAGCAGACUGCGUGGUCUGUCGCAGUCGUCGCAGCUUGGGCUCGACAGCGACGACUCGUCGACAUCCACGUCCACGUCCACGUCCGCCGAAGCAGGCAAACUAACUAGUUCCACAUCAAGCUCCACCUCCACCUCCACCUCCAGCACGAGUUCGCUGUUGGAAACGUCUCCCACGGCCACGAGCACCUUCCAGCCUCAAUCCACCACAUCUUUGGCAUCGGCCACUGGCACGUCGUCCACUGACCUCACCUCCACACCUAACACUUCAAGUACCAGUUCCCUGAUUGAUUCUGAGGAUCCCACCACGUCUUCUGACCAAUGGUGGGUAACGACAUCGAGCUCGGAGACCUCUACUGCUUUACCAAAGACAACAUCCACGACUCCGCAGCUUUCCACUACCGACUCAACAACCUCCCUAGUGUACCAAACUUCGACUUCCUCGCCAUGGGUGUUUGACAGUAGCCAAGAAACUUCUUUUUCAUAUCAGGAAAGCACUGAGACAUUUUCCACGCCUGUAAAGUACUCCGCUACAGAAUCGAAACCUUCCUCACUCGGAACCUCUGCCACCUCUUCAACCUCUAUCUCUUCCACAGCCAGCCCAACAAGUGCUCUAACCAUCCCAUCCUCCGUGUUUGAGACCUCUUCCGAAAGCACCUCUACUUCUGCUGGCACCUUUGGCAAGACCACGACUCUAACUUUCCCAGCACUUUCAACCUCUGAGCUUCUUUCAAAGAUUUCUACCCCUACGCCAUCAACAUCAGUCGACAGUCUGGCUUCAUCUGAACUCGGUGCAACUUCAACAUCAACGACCGCGAGUUCUGAUGCUGCCACCUCUACGCCAAGCGUUGAAAGCAGCACAACUCUGUCUUCGUUUGCAGCGGUCCCUGCUUCAGAGUCCAAUGCCCUCUCCACAACAACCACUUUAUCUUCCUUCUCGUUUUCGGUUUCAAAACCUUCAUCUUCGCAGACAGAAUCUGACUCGUCUAGAAUUGCAACAAGUGCUUUCACUACUUCAACACAGGGAACCUCGUCCUCAACCAACGAAAUUGGCUCAACAUCAUCUACAACUGCUGAGACUACUUUAAGUGGGUUCGCAAGUAGCAAAUCGAGUUCUUUCUCGUCUCAACAAGGCGAUGUCAGCACUAUGACGACUUCUUCUAGUCAGCUAACGUCUGCCACAACCUCGACUUCUUCUACGUCACUUGCAGAAUCUUCUGUUGCGGCGCAAACGAAUACAGUCAGUUUUAUCUCGGCCUCUUCGUUGACCGAAGAGACAGCCGUGUCAAACAGUUACACAAAUCAAGAUCAGACAUUAACGACAAGUUCUUCAGCCGUUGGCCAAAGUAUGGGCACCACUUCUUCGUCCGCCUUGUACACUACAAGCAGCCAGACUGAAAUCUACAGCACCACGACUGCUUCAGAAAGCUCUUCAACCUCUCCGCUAACUGCUUCAAGCUCGAGUUUUGAUGCUCUCCUUUUGGCAUCUAGCUCUUCUCAGGCUGAUACAACAAUAAGUGAAUACCCCACAGGCACCCAAAGCUUUGUUUACACUUCCGACUUCUCUCAGACUGAUUCCACAACAAGCGAAUACCCCUCGAGCACCCAGAGCUUUGUUUAUACGCCUGAAUCUUCUCAAACCGAAACAACAAUAAGCGAAUACCCUUCAAGCACUCAAAGCUUUGUUUACACGCCCAGUCUCUCUCAGACUGAUUCAACAACAAGCGAAUACCCCUCGAGCACCCAGAGCUUUGUUUAUACGCCUGAAUCUUCUCAAACCGAAACAACAAUAAGCGAAUACCCUUCAAGCACUCAAAGCUUUGUUUACACGCCCAGUCUCUCUCAGACUGAGACAACAACAAGCGAAUACCCCUCGAGUACGCAAAGCCAUAUCAAAACAUACCAGUCGUCAGAUGCUUACCCCGUAAGCACCACCAGUCAUGAUCUCUCAAGUUCUGAGCCAAGCUCACAGGUUUCAACGUAUCCAACCAGUUCUCCUCCCAGCUUCACAUCGUCAAGUGCGUACAGCCAAUACUCAGGAGAUUCUCAGUCUGCGUUGUCCAGCGAUUUGAGCGCACCAUUCUCACAAUCCGGCACCUCUGUCACCUCCUCAGCGAGCUUCACGACUCCCUUUUCCGACGCUCUUUCUUCGACAAGCACUCCUCUUUCAAGCUCCCAGGAGAGCACGGAUUCAACUGCCCAUGUAAGUUUACCUUCUAGUACGUCAGCCGUCUUGUCGUCCUCUCAAUCUUUAUCAAGUUCGGGAACUAGUUCCAUCUCCGAAAUUCCAAGCACAACUACAUCUAGCGGUCCUUACGCGAGUGAGAUCUCUUCCUCUACAUCAGGCUCCUCGGCGACUUCUGCGCUUAUCUCCUCGUCCCUAUCCAUGGACCUUUCGAGGGCCGGAUUAUCGACGUCGACGACUCCAAGGACACAAACCUCUUCUCAAGAGAUGGCACCGUCAUCGUCACCUUCGUCGGCAUUUUCUACUUCUAAACAGUCGGCAACAUCCUCUGGCACCGUAGCCACUGUAAGCGCUUCAAUUUCCAGCGAUAGUCAGUCUGCAACAAGUAGCCUAGAUUUGGCUCAAGCUUCAAGCUCUACUACGGCUUAUUCUUCAGCAACCAUCUACCCAACUGCAACAUCCACCAGGUCUUCUUGGACUGAACAAUCCUCGCCAGCGACAACUUUGCCUUCAGUUCCAACACAAGUUCCCUUUAGUUCAACCUCGCAGUCAAUUGGCUCGGCCAGUUCUGCUUUCUCAUCCGCCAAGACUACAACGUCUAAUUGGCUUCCUACUGCCAUGAUAACUGCGUCGGCCUCUGUGUCAGAUGCCGCUACAAGUGGCAGUGCGGGUUCCAAUGAUGCCCAGCAAGCCACCAAAACGCUUCCACAGGCAAUUGGAGCCCCAACCGAUGUUGCCAGACCAGACGGCUACAGUCUAAUUACUAUAGGAUUCAAAAAAGCUUUGAACUAUCCUUUCCUGGUUGCAAAUCCAGUUACCAGCGCUCAGAUCUUCGCUUACCUUCCAGAUACCCUCAGAGGUCCAUUUGACGAGCCGUUUGCCAAUAUCGAGGUCGCAAGGUUGAUUCCCUUGACUGUGAAUGGAAGGGACUACCUCAUCACUGUUGCAGAAGUCUACUUCCCCACAAACGAGGUCACAAAUUUACAAGAAUUGCUUCAAGAUAAAGACAGCAGCUUCUAUAACGCUACCCUUCAGAUGAGCACUUUUGUUGAUGCCUCAAUUCCUCUGACGGGUCUUGUAGAUGCUGGCUCUACCUCCUCAUCUGGUUCUAGUGGUAGCUCGGCAUCUUCCAACGGAAGCAGUAGUACGUCUUCUGCGGUGAAAUCAAAUGCCAAUCAAGGCUAUCGUAGUGCUGGUACUCUCGGCUCUUCGAGCUACAGCUCGGUGGUGGGAAGUAACGGCCUGAGCAGCAAGAAAAAAGUGAUCGGACUGAUUGUGGGUGUCGCCUGCGGGGCAUCUAUUUACUUGGCACUAAUGGUAGUAGCCUUCAGAUACAUGGUAAAGAGAAACCAACUGAAAAACAGCGCUCCCCACUUGGAUGAAACGUCUAGUUUUGAUUCAGGCUCGCACGCUGGUUUUGGCGUUGGUGCCCGUGAUAUCGAGAAGCACGCAGACGACCGUUCUUCUAUUACCCCAAGCAUGAGAAUCAACGAUUGGAUGAAUCAGAACCACUACGGUGAAAUUCCCGAACCUGCGAAAUCUGUCGCUGCCUCUGAUGAAGAAAAGGGAACUGGAUUGAAAAUAUCGAAGCCUAUUGCUACAGAAAACUCUUUGGGUUGGAACGAUAUCUAA